GCGCCUCACUUCGACUCCUAAAUAAAAAGUCUCCCAAUUCCAAAAUCAAACCGCCCCGCCACAAACAACCGCCAAACCCUUCUCUUCAUCACCACCACCACCAGAAUGGUCCAAUUCCACGAGCAAAUAAUUGGAGAACUUCUAGAAGAUCCGAACGGCGGUCUAGUAGUCCUCUCCUCCGGCCUCUCUCUCCCAAAACUCAUCUCCUCUCUCCUCCACCUCCACUCCUCCACCACCGGAACCCUCCUCCUCCUCUCUCCUCCUUCUCUCAAAUCCCUCAUCCUCCACCACCACCACUCUAACCACCCUCAACUACCUUCCGAAAUCUCCGCCGAAUUUCCCGCUAACCACCGCCUCUCUCUCUACUCCUCCAACUCCAUCUUCUUCAUCACCCCUCGCAUCCUCAUCGUGGAUCUCUUGUCCAACAAGCUCUCUCCUUCUCUCAUCUCCGGCCUCGUCAUCCUCAACGCUCACUCUCUCUCCGAGACCUCCACCGAAGCCUUCAUCGUCCGCAUCCUCCGGUCCUCCAACAGAGACCUCUACGUCCGAGCUUUCUCCGACAAGCCUCACGCGAUGGUCUCCGGCUUCGCCAAAGCCGAGCGCACCAUGAAAUGCCUUUACCUCAAGCGCCUCCACCUCUGGCCGAGAUUCCAGGUCCACGUCGCGGAGGAGCUCGAGCGGGACCCGCCGGUUGUGGUCGACGUCAGGGUUCCGAUGACGAAGUACAUGGUUGGGAUUCAGAAGGCUAUUAUUGAGGUUAUGGAUGCGUGCUUGAAGGAAAUGAGGAAGACUAAUAAGGUUGAUGUUGAGGAUCUGACGGUGGAGAAUGGCUUGUUCAAGUCGUUUGAUGAGAUUGUGAGGCGGCAGUUGGAUCCGAUUUGGCAUACCUUGGGGAAGAAGACGAAGCAGCUUGUUUCCGACUUGAAGACCUUGAGGAAACUCUUGGAUUAUCUCGUUAGGUAUGAUGCAGUGACUUUUUUGAAGUAUUUGGAUACGCUGAGGGUGUCGGAGAGUUUUCGGUCUGUUUGGAUAUUUGCAGAGUCGAGCUAUAAGAUAUUUGACUAUGCAAAGAAACGGGUAUAUCGUUUUGGGAGGUCAGAUGGUGCGAAAUCAAGUGGGCAGGGUAAGAGCGUGACAGGCAAAAAGAGAAAAUCAAAGGGGGAUGACAAGAAUGAGAAAGAAGUUGGCGGUACUUCGUUAGCAAGUACAAGUAGUGGGUUAGUUUUGGAGGAAGUCUUGGAGGAGGCACCAAAGUGGAAGGUGUUACGUGAGGUUCUUGAAGAGAUAGAAGGGGAAAGACAAAAGCAGAGAGAAGAGUUUCAGGUUGAAGGUGAAGAAAAUGAUAGUGGUAUUGUUCUAGUGGCAUGCAAAGAUGAACGCUCCUGCAUGCAGCUUGAAGAAUGCAUCUUGAACAGUACACAGAAGGUCAUGCGUGAAGAAUGGGAGAAGUACUUACUAAACAAAGUAGACCUGCGUGACCUACAAACACGUUAUAAAAAGAAACCAAAGGAUCCCAAAGGUUUUGGGGUUCUUGAUGGCAUUGUCCCCAUAACACCGGCGCAGAAUGCACAGGCUAGCAGCAGCAUAAACAAGCAGGAACAUGAUGCACUUUUGGCUGCCGCAUCAGAGUUAAGAAGUCAAGCUAAAAAGGAUUGUGCUAUUGGAGAUGAUCCGCAGCCUCAUGAUGGCAGCAAAAAAGGUGGAAAAGGAAAAGGAAAGGGAAGGAGUAAGAAAGGCCCGGCUAAUGUUCAGAGUCUUGGGAAUAAAAAGGCAGCAAGGAAUGAUAAAGUUGAAACAUCAGAUUCAGAAAACGAAGGCAAAAAAGAUGAAAUCAAUCCAGCCACUGUAGACAAAUCAAUUCUUUGGAAGCAUACUCAAGAGUCUAAUAUUACAGGAUCCAGAACUGCUAAGCCACUGCCACCGGUGCACUUUUAUGCCCUAGAAAGUGAUCAGCCUAUACUGGACACUUUGAAGCCCUCUGUAAUUAUUGUAUACCAACCAGACAUAACUUUUGUCAGGGAAAUUGAAGUUUAUAAAUCUGAGAAUCUAUCAAAAAAUUUGAAGGUUUACUUUCUUUUCUAUGAAGAUUCUACUGAAGUGCAAAAGUUUGAGGCUAGUAUAAGGAGGGAGAAUGCAGCCUUUGAAUCUCUGAUCAGGCAGAAAUCAAUGAUGAUGAUUCCAGUUGAUCAGGAUGGGCGCUGUCUGGGAUUAAAUUCUUCUGUAGAGCCACAAGCCUCAAGUUCCCAAAACUCUAUAACAAGAAAGGCAGGUGGAAGGAAGGAAAUUGAGAAAGAGAUGCAGGUAAUAGUGGACAUGAGGGAGUUUAUGAGCAGUCUUCCAAAUAUUCUCCACCAGAGGGGUAUGCGCAUAAUUCCAGUAACCUUGGAAGUAGGGGAUUAUAUUAUCUCACCAUUAGUAUGUGUAGAGAGAAAGAGUAUCCAAGAUCUUUUUAUGAGCUUCACAUCAGGUCGCCUUUACCACCAAGUAGAGACAAUGGUCCGCUAUUAUAAAAUACCUGUUCUCCUGAUUGAGUUUUCACAAGACAAAAGUUUUUCAUUUCAGUCUGCAAGUGAUAUUGGUGAUGAUGUGACGCCAAACAGUAUUAUAUCGAAACUUUCUUUGCUCGCUCUCCAUUUUCCCCGUCUGCGAAUCAUCUGGUCUCGGAGUCUGCAUGCUACAGCUGAAAUAUUUGCUUCACUCAAGGCAAAUCAGGAUGAACCUGACGAGACCAAAGCAAUGCGAGUUGGUGUUCCCUCUGAAGAGGGUAUUGUGGAAGAUGAUGUGAGAGCUGAAAACUACAAUACAUCUGCAAUUGAGUUUCUGAGACGACUCCCAGGUGUGACAGAUUCAAAUUACAGGGCUAUAAUGGAUGGAUGCAAUAGCCUGGCAGAUCUCGCCCUUCUUCCUGUAGAGAGAUUAGCUGAACUAAUGGGUGGUCAGAAAGCUGCUAGGACUCUCAGGGAAUUCCUUGAUGCAAAGUAUCCAACCUUGUUAUGAGGGUUAGUAGCAAGUCAUCCAGAAACGACACCUAAUUAAUUCAUUUGUUUGGAUAUUUGAUUUAUUCAUUAGUGCAUUACUAUUGAAAUUUUGUAUUUAGGGUUUUAUGAGAUCAUUAUUCCCGUCCCUGUGUUGCGGGUCAAAACUGCCUCUUCCCCCUCCCCAAAGAGCCAAAGAAAAAAGAGGAUGAUUAAUGUCUCCUCUAUGGUUCCCAUGUAUUGCUAGCUGAUCCAUUGUAAUUGUAAUUUUUAAAUUAAAUAGAUUAUCUGGCCGUUUCAUUGGCAAUCUAUUGAA